GUACAAGAUCGUUGUACAUUGGACAUGGUUAUGUUUUUGUUUUUUAAUUUUAACGUUAGUUUUCUAGAAUAUGCUGAUCAAAGAAUACCGCAUCGUCCUUCCAUUUUCUGUCGAAGAGUAUCGGCUGGCGCAGUUAUGGAGUACGGCGAAAGCUAGCAAGCGAGAGACCGGGGGCGGCGAGGGCAUAGAGGUGGUCGUGAACGAGCCGUUUAGCAGCCAUGGCGUCACGUCGAAUGGCAUGUGUGCGGAGGGUCAGUACACACACAAAAUCUACCACCUGUACAAGAAGCUGCCACUGUUUCUUCGGAUGAUCAUGCCCAAGCGUGCAAGCGAAAUACACGAGAAGGCUUGGAAUGCCUACCCCUACUGCAAGACCGUCGUCAGCGUAACAUCGAAUGGUGGUUGGAGGCCAAUAGGGGUGGGCAAUACGGAACCCCGAUUCAUGAAGGAAGGAUGUACCUGGUGCUCGAAUCGUUACACUGUCCCGACGCCGGCACGCAGGACGAACGUGCACAUGCUGUCGAAGGCGGAGCUGCAACAGAGAGAGGUCAUCUUCAUCGACAUCGCGAACGACCACGUCAUGCGAGGGGAUUGCAGGGCCGAUGAAGAUCCGUCUGCAUUCACCUCAUUGAAGACUGGUCGCGGACCUCUGGGAACGGAUUGGCAGUCCAUCGCGAGCCCGAUCAUGUGCUGCUACAAGCUUGUGCGUGUCGAGUUCAAGUGGUGGGGCGUACAGGAUAGAGUGGAACAGUGGGUUCAGCAGUCGGAGGGCCGUCUCUUCCUCAACUUUCAUCGCCAGAUGUUCUGCUGGAUCGAUCUGUGGUACGGACUCACGAGCGAGGAGGUGCGGAAGUACGAGGAUCGAACCAUACUACAGCUAGAUGAGGUAUGCACGAUGCAACGGUAG